GCUCUCUCGUUGAAGGAGACACAGGGCACCCAGCCACUCGCGCUCAGACCAUGGGUCCCCAGCACGGCCUUCCGGGCUUCAUCGUCAGUCUCCUCCUGGCCAUCGUGGGAGAAACCCAGGCAGCCCAUGAACCAUUGAAGCCCCAGAAGGUUCAAUUUCAGUCCCGGAAUUUUCACAAUGUCCUGCACUGGCAGCCUGGGAAGGUGCUGGCUGGCAAUGCCAGCCUCUACUUUGUGCAGUACAAAAUGUAUGGGCAGAGACAAUGGAAAAAUAAACAGGGCUGUUGGGGUAUUCAAGGACUCUUCUGUGACCUCACCAAUGAAACCUCAGACAUACAGGAGCCCUACUACGCGAGGGUGAGGACGGCCUCAGCUGGGGUCUUCUCAGGCUGGAGCGUGACCCGGCGGUUCACAUCCUGGUGGGAAACAACAAUAGAUCCUCCUGUCAUGAAAAUAACUCCACUUAAUGGAUCUCUGUUGGUGGUUCUCCGUGCUCCAGAUUUGCCGUAUAAAGACCAAAAGGGAAAAAAUAUAUCCAUGGAAAAUUACUACGGACUAGUAUACCGAGUGUUUAUAAUUAACAAUUCACUAGAAAAGGAGCAAAAGGUGUAUGAAGGAACACACAGAGCUGUCAGAAUUGAAGCCCCAGCACCUCGCGCUGCUUACUGUGUCGUGGCUGAAAUGUAUCGGCCCGUGUUUGACAGCAGUAGUCAGAGGAGUGAAGAGACGUGCGUGGACAGUGCGUGAAAUGGUGUGGUGAGUCCUCCGAUUUGCAAAGCGAGAGCUCUCUGGGAAAGGGGUGGCUCGUUCUGAAGGGUCUUAUUGAAAGUUGCUUUUAUUUUUUCUCAAAGCAAUGUGCACAUUACAUGUUAGGGAUGUCUUUGUUCAUCCAUUCCUUCUUCCUCUAUCUUUCAUCUGUAAACUCUUUUUAAAAACAACAGCCAAAGGGAGCAUUAGAUUUUAAAGAUGAGGCAGAGAAUAAAGGGCUAAAUGAAAUACAAAACUAAACUUCUGAAUGAUAACCUCCCUAAAAAUAAUCUUUUUUCUAAAACAGCAAAAUAAAAUUUAAAAACCAAAAAAUUGUAGACAUUUAAUAAUGUUAUUGAAUUAAUAAUAUACAUAUGGAUAUGCAUUACAGACUGAAGAAUCCUCACAUGGUCCUUUUUUUACUCUCUACUGAGCUGGUUAAUCUAACAUAGAUAAUGCCAAUUUAAAAUUUUUACAUGAAUGUUUUCCAUAUAUUUCUUUUCUAUUUUAUUCAAAUAUACUUUCUUGCAAAUAUCUUCUAGUGUAAAAUAUUUCUGUUUAAUGAACCAAAUUUUGUUUUUAAUUCUAUAUUUAUGUCUUUAAAACAGCGGCAAAUAAGAACAGUAUUUGAAUAAAAAGUCCUCAUGAUCUCUGAAUUCACAUCUGGAUUAAAACUAUCAACAACAUCAUCUAAAUCCAGAAAACAGCCUAUUUAGUACAAUCUUCCUUCAUCUAACAUGGACUCACAUGAAAGGGUUUUUUCCCCUCAGGUUUUGUUUUUGUUUAGUUUUAUUUUUAACAUUGCUUUAGAAGAAUUUAUCCUUAUUUUCAAGUGUAGGUAUAAUAUUUUUCAGAAAUCUUAACUCCAAAUCUACGCCACACUCACUUCUCAACUCUCCGGGACAAUGAUCUCUUGCAGCUGUGGCCUCAUGCUUCUCUGUAGGAAGAUCCUCUGAAUGACAGCACGAGUGGGGACAUGAGGAGGGGUGGGGACCAGGUAGAGACCUGGGCUUGAAGUGGAAGGCACAGUGGGUGGGAGGGACUCAGUUGGGAAACUCCACUGCCUCUCCCAAGGAGCAAACUGGGAGAUCUACAGCUCAGGGUGUCCACAGAAACCUGCCCUCUCCCCUUUGGGUUCCACCUUGGGUUUCCGUUCAAGGUCAUCUCUUCUUGUGAGGCAGCUGUAUCAGAAACCGUUAGCACGAUGCCUUGUGAAGGUUGCUCCAAAACGUGAUUUCAAAAAAUAUAGUCAGUGCUCCUGGUUAUAUACUACUGCACACGAUAAUGAAUUGAUUACAGAUCUUUCAGAAAGGCAUGGAGGGGGGCAGUAAGAGACAGAGAACAGAGAGAAAAUUGGUUUCAUUGCUUCCCCACGUGGCCAGAGAAGAUGGAUUUUAACAUAGACCUAGAGAAUGAAAAAAAAUUACUUUUACAUGUUUUUCAAUUGUGUACUUGUAUUUUUUCUCAUUGCUGUUUUUGCCUUUUGUCCUGUUUUGGGGCAGGGGAAAGUGGAUUAAAAGGGGGUGCUGGGGAGUGAGGAUAGAUGUGUGGUCGAUGGCAUAAGUCUAUAAAUGCAUCCUGAAGACUUAUGAAAGACACAGUUACAGUUACCCAUGAAAGUUAUUACGGAGCAUCAAGUUUUGUUAUUGUUUGGUUUGCUUUGCUUUUGCCUUCAUGCUUAGGCAAAUCAAUAUAAAAUACUUUAUGAAAAAUGGUAAUUAUCUCUGUCUUCAUUGUGUCAUGAAUAUG